AGUCAGAAGAGAGGGGCUGCGUGUGGGGAGGUUUGUGAGAACAGACGCCAAAGACCCACUUUCCGAGAGAAAGAAAGAACAUCUGCACAUAAGAUGCUGUUGUUGCAACUGGUCUUGCUCACGGUUCUUGUCCCAGGUGGUGACAGUGAUGACGACUUCCAGGAGCCAAUCACUUUUCGAAGCAUCAUGACAGCAUCCUUUUACAACCAUUCGUGGACACAAAAUCUGGGCUCUGCUUGGCUGGAUGGGCUGCAGACUCAUGGCUGGGACAGCAAGAAAGGCAUUUUCAUGUACAAGCGGCCUUGGUCCAAGGGCAACUUCAGCGAGAAGGAGCUGAGGGAAGAGGAAAGGACAUUACAGACAUUCUCCAUGAUUUUUCCUUUGAUAUUUCAGAACCAUGUUCGUCAAUGGCAACUUGAAUAUCCCUUUCAGGUACAGGUGGCAAAAGGCUGUGGACUACAUGUUGGGGAGCCAUCAGUAGGCUUCAUGAAGAUUGCAUAUGAAGGAUCAGAUCUCGUGAGCUUCCAGAACACGUCAUGGUGGCCAUCUCCGAAAGGAGGAAGGAGGGCUCAGCAGGUCUCCAAACUAUUCAGUCAGUACCAUGUGGUCAACUUAAGAAUACGAGCACAUAUUAUUGACAUCUGCCCCCGUUUCCUCUUGGGUCUUCUAGACGCAGGGAAGGCAGAUCUCCAGCGGCAAGUGAGGCCAGAGGCCUGGCUGUCCACUGGCCCAAGUCCGGGGCCUGGCCAUCUGCUCCUCGUGUGCCACGUCUCUGGCUUCUACCCAAAGCCAGUGUGGGUGACGUGGAUGCGGGGUGAGCAGGAGCACCAGGGCACCCGACGAGGCGAGGUCUUGCCCCAUGCUGACGGGACAUGGUAUCUUCAGACGUCCUUGGACGUGGAAGCCAGAGAGGCAGCUGGCCUGUCUUGCCGAGUGAGACACAGCAGUCUAGAAGGCCAGGAUAUGGUCUUCUACUGGGAGCAACACCGCCCUGUGGACUUGCUCUUCCUGGUGGUAAUCAUGCCCCUGGUGCUACUGGCAGGUCUUGCCUUCUGGCUCUGGAAGCGCCGGAAAUCACACAAGACACCUCAGUGUACUGGCCUCCCUUUGGAGUGA